GCCACACACUGCAGCAAGCAGGGGCCAUGCAUGACACUGAACUCUGAGCAGCAGCAUGCAGAGCCUCCCAGAGGAAUGGAGAGAGAAUGAGAACACUGACCCAGCCUUAAGCAAUGGGUCCGACAAGAGCUGCAGUGAAGCUAGAGCUCUCGCCAAGGAGUUGGAUGAGCAGAAAGAGGAGGAGAAAGAGUCCCUAAUGAUGGAACUUACACGGCUGGUCCAGAAAACAGUGAGAGAGAGCAGCUGGUGGGAGCAGAGAGGAGUCGACUGCACCAUUCUGGCUGUGGCUUUCAUUAGCCUGCCUGCAGCAUUCUGGCUGCUGGCUUCAUGUCAGGUGCUGUAUUUCACAUUGGGGUUGUUGGCAAUGGGUGUGGCUCACACUGUCAUUACGGUGAAGGGCACACACCUGGCAAGUCACGGAGCUCUGAGCGAGUCUCUGGCCUGGAGACACUUCUGGGCCAUCUUCUUCAUUGAGGUGUGUGGAUCAUUCACUGCGAGGGCAGGUGUGAGAGCGCAUGUUAAAAUGCACCAUGCACACACCAAUGUGAUCGGUCUAGGGGACUCCAGCACAUGGAAGGUGCCCUUCCUUCCCCGCAGUGUCUAUCUGUUCAUCGCUCCACUCGCUCUGCCCAUCAUCACCCCGAUAGUCGCCAUGAAACAACUGAAGGGCCAGCCUCUCUGGGUAGCAGUGCGUACAGUGGUGUGUGUCUGUGUGGGUGUGUGUGCACAGUACAUGCUCCUGUGCUGUGUGUCAGGCCUGGAAUGUUCCUCAGCCUUGCUGGUUAUGUUGUUGAGCAGAGCCAUGUUCUCUGUGCCCUACAUCCAUGUCAAUAUCUUUCAGCACAUAGGUUUACCAAUGUUCUCUCUGACACGGCGGCCCAAGCGCAUCUAUCAGAUGAGCCACGGUGUGUUGAACCUGCCCCGCAACCCACUGCUGGACUGGAUGUUUGGCCACUCGCUCAUCAACUGCCAUGUGGAGCACCACUUGUUCCCCACCCUCUCUGACAACAUGUGCCUAAAGGUGAAGCCAAUAGUUUCUCAGUAUCUGAAGGCAAAGUCAUUGCCCUAUCAGGAGGACAGCUAUCUCGCCCGACUUUACCUUUUCUUCCAUAAAUACCAGGAGUUGAUGGUGUUUGCUCCACCCAUCACCGAGUUGGUGGGGGUGCAGUGAGGAGACAAAUAACACCUCGCUUCCAGAACUUUCCCGUAGAAAAAAGGUCUAAUUUUGCAUCCAGUCACAAUAAAGUUUCACACAUUGUUUCUAACACUCACUAAAGAAUUAGCUGCUUCUUUACAGAGCUUCUAAUAUUUGUAGAUAUGUCUUACUAGUAAUAGCCAGGGUGUGCAUGUGUGUGUGCGUAUGUAUGCAUGCAGAGGUGUUUGUUAGGAUGUGUGUUUCAGUUGGGUUUCUGUUCAGGACUAAGGGGCAGGACAGAUUGGCUAUAGAGACUCCUCAUGUUUCUGCUUUCUCCACCAAACUCCCUCCACUCAGCUCUUGUCCAGGCUCCCAGCAGCACACCUGAAGGUACACAUUAGCCUUAGAACAGGAGAGGCUAUUUCAAAUUACAGUGAGAAUCAUAAUGUAUAUGGCACCCCACAGUUAAAUUCAUUUGCCAAUAAUCAUUUAAUAUUUUGUCUUUCUAUAAUUGAUUGUUUUUACAAGAAGGCCUGCAGAUACACAGCAGAGGUGGCAUAUUCCUUUCAGCUUAGAUCUGUGCUGUAACUGUAUCAGAUCCAGACAGUUUUGUUCGCAUAACUAUAGAUCAGGGCACUACUCAAGAGAAACAAUGUGCAUGCACAAGCUGCUGGUCAUAACAAGAGCCCAAACUGAACAAAUCAACAGAAACAAACACACGCAUGUAGUUGUAAAGGCCAGUGAACAUCCACACACCCUACUGGAGAGCUACCACUUGAAUUAUGUUCUAUCACACCUAAUAAUACACCUGAUAAUCAGUUAAUCAAUUAGUUGAAUUAACUGAUUGAAAUGUUUCCAAAAUGGUGGAUCUACAGAAGAUGGGUGGGAGUUGAUAGCUAUAGGUGAGACUAUGACAGUGAUGAAGCAAGCAGAGGAAGAUCUGAGUUGACUGGUAGAACACUGGUCACACAAGCUCAGCCUGCAGCACCUAAUUUAUAUGACUGGCAAUAAAAUAUGUGUAUGUGUGUGUUCUUGAGAUUGUAUCUAUACAAGGCAGCUAUUUUAAAUCAAUGCAUAAUUAUUUGCCAUUCUAUAAGGGCUCCUAGGCAUAUAGUGUAUAGUGAUUACCAUUCAGCUGAAAAUAAAAUAUGUAUCUUAAACAGUAGUUAUAUAAUAUUGUACCACUCUUGUACUAGCAGGUGGCAGCAAUAA